CUGAGCUCUGGGCCUUUGGCGGACGUUGCUCCCCGGGAACGCGCUUCUGAAUAAUCAAGCCGGCCUUCGAGUUCAAACCCCAUGACUACUCGCCAGCCUUUCCAUUCUCCCCGGCUGCUCGAUACUCACCCAAGCUCAACGGUGGGCGACUGCACUCUCAGACGGCCAAUUCUUCCUCCACCAUGGGCACGCCUCACCGAGGCCUCCCUCCACCUUCAGCGAUGACGCUGCCGGAUCCAGGACGGGGGCCUCCCCCAAUCCAGUCAGCGUUGGGCUCAUUGCCUCCAGCACCUUCUCAGUGGCAAGGUGCCGAAGAUGGAAUGAAGAAUUGGCUGGCUGCGAAGACGGAAGAGGAGAGACGAAGACAAGAAGAGGAAAAAACGAGGCAGGAAUCAUUAAGGCUUGAGCAACGGAAGAUCGAACAGUCGAUGCUUCGAGAAUCCAUGCAGGGCGGCAUACCACCUCACCUAGUACCCAUCAUAUUCGCAGGUGUUGGCGGAGGAGCUCUUGCAAACAUCAGCGCCGAAUGGAUACAGCAGUACACUGUUCAAGUGCAAGCGGCUCACCAGCAAGCACAGGCUCAAGCGCAGGCGCAGGUGCAACUCUCUCCAGAUCUUCGGAGAGAUGCAAGAAUGAUAGGCCAGCCACCGCCAUCUUUAUACGCAGGACAACCGCAGACUCCACAGACCAUAUUACCGCCAACUUCGAUACUGCCUGGCCAGCCGUUACCUACACAAACUCAACACUCUACCACUGGAUACGCAAGUGGACCGCCGAUGUCACCGCGAGCGAGAGCUGCACAGUCUACGGGAUUCACCGCUCCUACGUCUGCUCCACGCGCUCUCCCUCAGUCGCAGCUUCCUCGUCUAACAACGAACGAAAUGAAUAUUCAACAGCCUCCCGCGCCUCCGUCUGGCGUUCAACAACUACAAACGACACAGACGGCGCAGCAGGAGCAGUCCUCUCCUUCGAUUUACUUUCACCACUGGGUCCCCCCGUCCUCCUCGUCACAACAAGAGAAGAGUUCAAGCGGGAACCCGCCAGCGACGCCUUCAGGUAAAUACAAAGCCUCGCCUGUUUACCAACCUCGUCAGCGUGCAGCGUCUCAUGCGUCUGACUUAGAGUACACCAGCUCCCCCAAAAAGCGCAAGGCCCAAGGCCAACAUCAGCCCGCACCGCCCCCUACAUCGGCACCUCAGUCGCAUACAUCGCCCUCCUUCUCGCACAUAUCGACGUCAUCGGCAUCGACACCAGGACGGCGAGGACACGCUCGAGCCCGUUCUGAUGCAUCUAAUCGAGGACCAGACGGCUCCAGCGGUGCUGUAAGCCGUCGCGGUACGAUCUCUGGGUUUGCGCAUGAGACGAUUACGCGACAAGGCGAUAUCCCAGAGGAACCGAGAAGCACCGAAGGCAAGCCAUUGCCAAAUCUGGACUCAGCAUACGCAACUCCACCUCAUCGAAAUGAUGGUCAAGGACAGGGCCAGCAACAUUAUGCGCCCAAUUCGACGUCUUCUCAACAUGAAACGCCAAAGUAUGGGCCGCAACAUCAGCACUGGGAUCCUAAACGGGAAGUUGGCGACCGUUAGAUUGGAAAGCUGGUUUCAGCAUUGCGACCGUGCCUAUUCCGGAUUGGUUGUCAUCCCAACAUCACAAGCAAAUCUCAAAUCACGACGCAAAGGCUGGAAUAGAGAGCAGAUUG